AUGGUGCGAUUCCACUCCGCGUCUGUAUGCGGCAUCUUGAUGCUGUCCGUCGGAGGUUUGGCUGCAGAUAGUUGGCCUUACCAAUCCUUUACCACUGCGUCAUGGCGAGUCCCCCAGCUAAGCAUCAAUCAAACGGGCGAUGUGGGCCAGGGAUACAUUUUUGUGGCCUUACAAGGCGAGCAGGCCACUCCGGUUGGUCCUACAAUAUACGAUGGCAAUGGCGAUCUGAUCUACCAGGGGUCGCAUGCCAAUGCGAGUGGUUUCAGGGUGCAGAAUGUAUCAGGUCAGGAUAUGAUCACAUUCUGGUCCGGUCAAUAUGUCGACCCGGGUUACGGUUAUGGCACUGUCCAUAUUCUGGACAAUGCCUACAACGAGUUGUACACGAUUACCUUGAAGGACAACUACAUCACGCCCGAUGGCCAAGCCCAGCUUUCCUAUCUAGAUGACCAUGAACACCUCGUAACAUCGGAGGAUACUAUUCUCGUUUCCGUCAUCAACGUCACCGAAUAUGAUCUGAGUGCGGUUGGCGGACAGCCUGACCAUUAUGUGGCCAACUAUCUUUUCUAUGAGAUCGAGGUGCAGUCGAACGACAUUGUUUACUCAUGGAGCGCCCUUGAUCAUAUCCCUAUCGAGCUAUCGGAGGUAGAUCUUGCUGGCACGAGUACCCGCGAACUGCCGUUCGAUCCCUUUCAGCUCAACGCCAUCAAUCCAACAAAGAAUGGCUUUCUAGUAUCUCUGCGUGGCUACUCCUCGGUCUUCUAUCUCAAUAGAGAUGCUUCCAUUCAGUGGCAACUUUCUGGUAUCAAUGGUGGUGACUUUGAACUCGACGAGGUUAAUUUCUCAUGGCAACACGACGCGAGAGUGUAUGACGAGACAGACGAAAGCUUGACCCUGAGUUUAUUUAGCAAUUCGAACAACAAUGAUGAAAGCGAUGGUGAGAGCACCGCAAUGAUCCUACACGUUGAUGUUAUCAACCGCAAAGUCUCGGCCAUUCGUCAAGUGUCUGACCCAGACGACCCGAUUCAGUCCAAAGAUGAAGGAAGUGUCCAGCUUCUGGAACCAGCCACACCGCAGUCUCAUUUGCUUGUUGGCUAUGGCGACGUUCCCGAAUUGAAGGAGUAUAAUGGCGAUGGAGAUGUUAUUCUGUCCGCUCAGUUUGGCCACUCUGGCUAUAUUGGAUCCUCCAGUGUCUAUAAGUCCCAGUGGAGGGCCACGCCGUUUUGGAAACCGUCGGUAGAAGCUAAGAAAAUAUCGGAUUUUGCUUUCGACGUGUACAUGAGUUGGAACGGGGCAACGGAAUAUGAUAACUGGGCGAUUUACUCUGUGCCGUCGCAGGACUCCGACGAGACCACCCUCGUCACUUCUCACAAGCGGACUGGCUUUGAGACCAGAGUCAGUAUUCGUGUCACAGACUUCUCUUAUAUUCGAGUGAAGGCUAGGCAGGGACAGGUGUCACUCGGUGAAUCCGAUGCGAUAGAGCUUUGA